GUCUGGAAUGCCUUGAAGAGAACUGUAAGGGAUGGUUUUGCUUUCUAACUCUGCAAGGAGAUACCUGAGUGAUUCCAAAGCUGUCAGCCCUUUUGUGGCACAGAAUUACAGUGCUGCUGUGUGUUUUUAUUAACAAAUCACAAUCUCAAUAAAGUAAUGCUGCUGACAAGGUGAUUUGUGCCAGGAUUCAUGUACUAUUUUUAGUGACUUUAUAAGCUGAAAUCAACAUGUUGAAAUCUCCAGAAUUUUGUUGUUUUUUUUUUAAAGAGCUCAUUAGUAGAUGUGUUUUUCUUCUCAAAUGAAGCAUGUCAGGCAUUGCUUUCAAAAUAGUUUCUGUGUUUUUGUGCAUAGAAACGAGCUAUUACAUUUUUAAACAAAUUCUGAAGUACAAACAAGACAUCGAUUUGUGAGCUUGAUUAAAGCAGCUGCUGACAUUUUGCUCUACUGGACUAAAACGGGUACCACAGCAUGGAAAAAAUUCCCUGUUGUGUUGAAAUAGCUCGACCAGCCUUGUGAAUAUAUAUAAAUCUGACAAAUAAGCCUGCUGGGGAAAAAGGUAAUAAAACCUGAAGUUUAACCUACUGCAAUUGUUUCUGCCUUCAAAGCUAUUUUUCUGUAGGAGCAGAUUGUUUAUAUAGCAUUUGGUUAAAAAUGCAGCUCUGUUUAGUAAGUUGGGUUCUGCACAGAAUAAGCAGAGAAAAUUGGAUUGUUUUUGAAACAUUUUUGCUCUGACAGAGAUUUGUUCUAGUGCUUGGCAUCAGAUGUGACCCAAGCUAUUGGGAGAGUUAUCAGCAAAAGGUUCGUGUUCCCUCCUACAAGAUGACAGAGGCUUAUGGCUUCAAAUCCUCCCAUGUUCAGGACUAUUUGCUUAAAGCAAUGAUGGCCCCAUGUGGUUUUGGGGCUUUGCUUGUCUACGCAGGUUGCCUUGGCUUCUUUCCAGAGCCGCAGUCAUGUUCUCACUUAGCCUUAAUGCGUGGGAAUAGAUGUGAUCUUUCCCAUUCCUUAUCUCUUAGCAUCACCAUUGUGUAAUUCCUGGAGGAGGCAGCACAUGAUUGCCUACUCGCAGCUGAUAAAUUCAGCCCUUAAUUCUGGGCUUAUGUCAGUGGUUCCUUGGCUGAAGGCUUCUGUUGAUUUCUGUUAGUAAGAGCACACUCAGCAGUAAUCUGUGAUAGAGCUGGAGUUGGGGUGCAGGAGUUUGCAGUUCUCACUCCAAGCCAUAGCACCACAAAAUACAGUUCACUAUUAAGUCCUCUAAAGAUAGGAGUUCUGAUGUGCAUGUCCACACAUCCCCCCCUUCCCUGCCAUGUCUUUUAGUUUCGUGUCAUUCCAAGAUCUUGGGAGUUUUUUCCUGGCAAAAUAGUGUGAAAGCUGUUUCAAAAUGAACACUUUCCAUUUAAUAAGAUAAAUGGCCAAAGGAUGCUGUGCUUCAGUAGUUAGGCUCCUUAUCCCAUCAGUGUGUCUGCUGAGACAGACUAACCACUUAAGCUACUAUAAUCUUGAUGUUGUCAAAGUCAGAUGCUCGUCAGAUGCAUGGAUUUAAAGAUUUAAGAAGUGGAUAAGGAGGUGGUAUAAAAGCAACUGUUCUCCCUGCAAUGUGAGAGAAGCUACUUGAUUUCAUCUAACGGUAAGGAUACCUUGAUAUUAUUGAUAAGACUUGCAGUGCUGGUGCAUGGUGUACGUGCAGGCUUACUUCAGUCUCACAAGCUUGCUGUGGUUUAUUUGCACUUUUCUAAUGAUGUCUGCAUUAAAAUGUUUUAAGUUGAGCGAGAAAGGAUGAAGUUGAAGGAAGAGGAAUGUUUGAAAUCUCAGAUGCAAAAUGAGUGUGUUUGAGUAUUGAUUCUUAAAAACAAAAGCCACGUGUAUUCAGAUUCAGUCCUAAGAUUCAGAUUUGAGUAUAGCCAGGUAUUUCUUACUGCUCUCUGGGUGGAUGCUGUGAGAAACAAUGAAACCUUUGCUGAAAUCUGAGAAGGUGACAUGGACAGGUGCCCUUUGGUCAGCCAGGUGGGGAACCUCAUGGUGAAAGGAGAUGGAGUUGUUUAUAAGGAGCUUUUCCCUGGGCUGUAUUUAUGCAGGGCACCCAGGGGUAUCACAGCUUUUGGCAAACAAGCCUGGGUCUCUGGAAACUGUUGUAGGCACUGGACAGCAAAAUAUGCCCUGCUUUGUGACUGCAGCUGGCACUGAUGGGUGUGCACAGCUGCUGGGAGGUGAAUUCCUGCAGGAAGGGGCUGUGCAUUGCAGGCGGGGGCUGCAUGGGGAUGUUAUCAAGAUGGAGAAAAUGGGGACAAGGCAGCUCUGCUGACGUUGUCGUGCGUUUUCUUUGUUGGCACUCACGUGGAUUGUAAGCACUCUUAGCCAAGCAGCAGAUGGCCCAUGGCACGUUGCACGGUGUGUGGCAGCGGCUGUAUGUGUGUGGGGCAAAGCUGGUCCAGGGCUGCAGCAUGGAUUAAGGGAUCCUGGGUCAGUCUGGGGUGGGUGCUGCUGAGCCCUGCUGCGUGUCACUCUUAAUUUGCAGGCUAGAGGCGGUUUGUUGCAUUCCUUUCCUAAGGUGAGGAGCUGCCUUUCUCAAAUGUUUUCCGUUGUAGACCUUUAUUUUCAUGCUACGUUAAUAGGCCGUAUACAUUCUGCUGCUUAUUUUUGCUUUGUGGAGUGUUUAUCUAUUGCCAUAGAAGCCAUGCUUUUCUCAGAGGGGAAAAAAAAGGUAAAAGCACUUUUGUGUAUACAGAUGUCCCAUAAACUACAUAUUGCACAGUGAGCGUGGCUGGCGAGCGCUGCCUUGGGACAAGCAGGCACCAGUUGCAGAUUCCAGAAGUCAGAGGAAGACUUGCCAUCAGACUUUGCCAGUCAACAAAGGAAACUAUUCUGCAUGUUGUCAUCACUGGGAUGCUGGGGACUCGGGACUUAAUGCAGCAAGUUGUGGCUUAUUUUUCAUUAAACUGAGUCAUUAGGACAGAACUCAUGGCUACGUGAUGGCAGUAAUAUUUUCCAUUCUGUUCAUUGGAAUUCUUUCUCUCCCUGCUAUUCCUAUUCUAAAAAACAUCACUGCUCAAAAUGAGCUGGUUCUUAAAAGCUCAUCUUUUUCAAAUGGUUCAUUCAACAUCCCUCAAACACUGCACUGUGCACCACUGUGAACCUCAGCAAAAAAAAUACCCUAGUAGAGAAUAGGAAUAAAACUCAGGUGGUUCUGUAACUCUGCUUUUAGUUGGGGGAAAUGGGAGCGUGGCAGAGGGUGGGCCUGCUGAAUGGGAGCAAGGGGAGGAAAGCAAUGUGGGGUUAUGCACAGAGGUGUCAGCAGGGGUGGAACUGGAGGAAGAAAGUGCUGAAGAUCCCUGCUGAAUGUCAUAAUCUUGGUUGGGCUGUGUUGACUGAAGCUCUGAAUGGCAGUGAUUAGUUCUUACAAAUUUUCCUGCUUUCUAGUAAUUAACACUUUACAAAUCUGGACGUUGCACAUAGCAGAACUUACCUCUCUCCAAAAGAAGUCAUAAAAUAGCUCAUUUUUCUCUCCUUCCACCCAAAUUUGCUGCGGUUACAGCACUGCUCCCGUGCAGCUGCCAGUCUUUCCUGUUAUAUUUUUGUUUUCAUCCCUUCUUUAGGCAGUGAGCAAUCAGGCAGGGACAAUGAGCUACCUGGAUGGAGUGCCCUUCCGGACAGCCGUGAGCCUCGAGGGAAACUCUGCAGGAGAAAGCACCUUCAUCAAGGCACCAGCCAUAGACCUUCCUGACUGCACCGACAUCCUCAUGAGCACCAUGCACGACUUCUCGCUGGAGCGAAAGGUGCAGUACUGGCUGGAGGCCGCUUCUCAGCACCAAACCUCCUGGCAGCAGCUCCACACCGACGCCAUCCCCACGGCCCCACCAUGCUGGCUGCUGCUGGUGGACCCCACUGAGGGCAAGGAGACAACAGCGAGCAGAGCGAAGGAGGGCACAGUGCGGCGCAGCAUCAGCCUCAGCACUGAGCAGGGCCGGGGAAGAGCCUCUGACACAGAGAGUGAGGCUGGAUGCUCAGAGGACGAUGAGUGCUGGGAGGAUGAUGAGUAUUCCUCCACCUCUUGGGAGGAAAAUGACAGGGAGGAGAACAUUCUCCGGAGGAGAAAUCAGCAUGGCUUGCAGCAGAUCCGACCAAAGACGUCGCCUGGCUUGCUGGAGCCACCUUCAGAGAAUGGCUACAAGGCCGCAAGCCCAGAUCCAGGCAAGCAAAGGAGGUCCAUGGUUUUGUUCAACAACAUGAAGAACGAGCUGGAAGCAGCCAGGAGGAAGCUGGCUGCGUUGGUGCAUCCUUUAAACAGAGCCACGGCCGAAAGCAAAGGGGCUCCCACACCACCAGUGCUCCCCCAGCACUGCCGAAGCAACAGGAGCCUCAAGUUCGGACCGGCAGCAGAGGUGUCUCACAUGGGAAACCUGGUGCCAGCUCCCCCCAUGGCACCCAAUGCCUCCAUGCCACCCAUCCGCAAGCACAAGCCUACAGUCCCGUCCCUCAGCCCCUACUCCUGCCUGCCCCCAGCACAGCCGCUGGCAUCCCGCAAAGCCAAGCCAGAUUCAGCAGCUGACCUGCUGUCAGCACUGAGCCAGGAGGAGCGCGACCUCAUCGAGCCUGUCAUUGCCUUGGGCUACCCGGCCCGCAAAGCCAUCCUCACUCUUCAGAAGACUGGGAGGCAAAGCCUGGGGCAGUUUCUGGGCUACCUCCGCGCCUGUGACCGGCUGCUGAAGCAGGGCUAUGAGGAGGGGCAGGUGGAAGAGGCCAUGGAAAUGUUCCAGUACUCGGAGAAAAAGGCAGCUGAAUUCCUGCACUUGUUAGCUCAGUUCAAUGACAUGGGUUUCCAGCAAAAUGAAAUCAAAGAAGUCCUCCUGCUCUGUGGGAACCAGAGGGACAAGGCACUGGAAGAGCUCAUGAUGAAGAGGCAGUGAAUGUGCCCUACAAAGCAGGAUGCAUCCUGCUGCCCAUCCCUUUCUUGGCCACAUUUACAAAUACAGCCACAUGCAGAUUCUUACACCGUGAUAUAAAUCAUCUGAACUGAUUGUUUUUACAAAAGCUGAGUGCUUUUUGCAGGAACAUUGGUUCUUCCUUUCUUGGGAAGAUUCUCAGCAGACUUUAUGACGUUUGAAUGUAGUGACGGGAAAUCUAGAUGUUAGCGUCUCCUUGUGAACUAGAAACUUGAGAAAAAUGCACAGCUCAGUGAAAGGCACAGGGAGAACACGGGCUGAGGUUGCUCUAGAUAGCUAAUGUGUGACUUUUGAUCCAGGACAGUGCAAAAUGAGCUUUACGCUCAGGAACUGUCAUGAAAUCUGAACAGAGAGAUGGAUGACUGGCUCGCCUCUGCCUUUUAUUAAGCAAAUUCAAAGGGUGCUUCUCUAAAUGGCAAAUACAGUGGCUCAAAACCAGGUUUAGCACAAACACUGUGAUCAGGAGAAUCUGGGUGCCUGGGGGAGUUCCUGUGUAUGGACAACAGGAGAUUCAGAUUGCCUUAUGGGACAUUGCUCUUGUUUUGGCUGUGGAGCAAUGGAUGAUGUUCUCACAUAGAAAUACAUUAUUUCCCUGUCAGUUAACUACAGAUGUAGUUUAUCAGAGUAAAGAUGCUCGGAGGGGUUCUUAUAAAAAGUAUUAAUGUCUUUUCCAAUGAAAAUGCCAACUGGCGCAACCUAGCAGAGACAACUCCUAAUGAGUCCCAAAGUAUUUACCAUUUUCCAUGGUGUCCUUCCAAGCGGUCUCCUUGCAGUUCAGCUGAGUUAAUGCAGCAAAAUUAAUUAACUCCUGCUCCACAUCUCUCUGAUCAGCUCCCAAACACAGGCAUUCGGGUGUAGCUCUCUAUGGCUGCCUCCAUCCUUGCCAAGUGCCAGAGUGACAGUGACAAUGUGCAUCCAGAUUUUGGCCUGGAAUUGACCUUUCCGUACCCGCGAGUGGGUGUUUUACACAGGUGCUGUGAUCAACAUCUCCUUUGGAUGGCGAAGGGAGAUAUUCUGCUAGUAAAAAGGGCAGGGAAACUGCAGUCAGUGGGGCAUGGAGUGGCAGGGCAGAUCCAGAUCCAUCCAUCCAUGCUGUGCCAACGUGGGGAGUGGCUUUGUCCUGACCUCCUUGCACCAAAUCAGCCAACAUGGGGCAGUCAUCCUUCUCCAAAGCACAAUGCUUUUGGAACCCAUCUGCACAGCAAGCUCCCAGGCUCUUCUUGGAGCACCCAUUUCUGCUUUUCCUGCAGAGCUCUUGCUUGGUUAUACAAGUUUUUAUUUUUGAUAUGGUCCUUAUAAGGCAAGUCUGUUCUACAGGAGGCUUUUUGUUACGUUAAGCCUUGCCAAGAUGAUGUCACCUUCAGCAGAAACUUGCAAAAGGUUGAGCUAUGAUUAGAUUGACUGCACUGGGUCUAACUGUGGUCUUUUGGCAGAGUGGACACCAUUAAGAUUGGAAGGGGCAGAUAAUGGUGGUGUUCUCAUGCCAGCAGUGCAAGUGCUAAAUACUGGUGCAAUGAAUUUGCAGCACCGUGCCCACUCACUGUGCAAAGGCUGAACAGUUUCUCAUGCUGGCUCAUAUUUUUUCCCCCGCUUGCAGAGGUACGAACAGCAUCUUUCUGCUUCCCUCUAUGUUACAGUCUGUACCACGAUCUGAUGACACAGAUGCAACCACAUUGCUCCUCUCUUGGAACAUCCAUGCCACACUCAACAGCACCUGCCAAGACUGCCAAGAAGAAGUCAAAUCUAUUUUCUUUGCUGUUUGAGCUACAUCGUCUCCUUCUCCUUUCAGAUUGGACAUUAGCAAAAAUUUCUCCAAGAGUGGUCAGGCACCAGAAUGGGCUGCCCAGGGAGGUGGUGGAGUCACCAUCCCUGGGGGUGUUUA